GCCACGCCAGCAGUGCCACGUCAGCAGUGCCAUGUCAGCAGUGCCACGUCAGCAGUGCCAUGUCAGACACAGUUCCACAUCAGCAGUGCCACGUCAGACACAGUGCCACGUCAGCAGUGCCACAUCAACAGUGCCACGUCAGCAGUGCCACGUCAGACACAGUGCCACGUCAACAGUGCCACGUCAGACAGUGCCAUGUCAGCAGUGCCACAUCAGACACAGUGCCACGUCAGCAGUGCCACGUCAGACAGUGCCACAUCAUCAGUGCCACGUAGGCAACAGUGCCACGUCAGCAGCGCCACGUCAGACAAUGCCACAUCAGCAGUGCCACGUAGGCAACAGUGCCACGUCAGCCGUGCCUCGCCACCAUGACGGGCGCAGCUCUGGGCAUGCCGGGCCAACUGGCCAACAGAUCGCUCGGAUCGAGGCUGAGGAACAGCACCAGCUGGCAGCUGCGGCUGCCCGCCUACAGGCUGAAGCAGCUGCAACAGCUGAGAAGCAGCGGCUACAGGCCGAAGCAGACGCAGACACCCAGGCUCGCCGCAAGGAGGCCCAGGAUCUGCUGCAGCGGCAUGAAGCAGCCAGCAUCGAAAGACUCAAGUUCUGGCACUUUGAACCCAACGACGACGAGGCGACACCGGAGGAGCAUCAUAAGGAGUUCAUGGCCAAGCUCGUGACCAGGUUGGUUUACACUUGUAACCACCUACAGUCCGAGCUGGCGAACCUCCAGCGGGCCGUGCGGAACCAUAAGACUCAGCACGAGGAUGCCACACGGGCACUGUACGCCCUUGUACAGGACUUGGAACAAGUUCCACCAAGACCAGAUGCUGGGGCUUCCAGCAGUGCACCCUCUAGCCGCCAACUGGAUGAACGCGUUGACCACGUAGUGGCAAUGCUCGGCGACAUCAGCACCUUCGCUGCGCCGACCACCAUCAGCAGUCAGCUGCAUACCUUGAAGAUCGAGGUCCAGCAGCUGCAGUUGACGAACAUGGAUGGCAAUCCUAAGUUGUACAAGAUGCCAACUUUCCAACUGGAAAAGUUUGACGACUACACGCAGCAGGAUCCGGUCCUCUGGUGGGAAGCGUUCACGACGCAACUCAGGAUUCUGCCUGUCGCUAAGCAUGCGUACAUCGGCGCCCUGUUUAUGAACUCAAAGGGCGGAUGCCAGACCUGGUUGACCCACCUGGCAACCUCCCACAGCGUCGACGUACCAGACUUGAAGGACAAGAUCACAUGGGAGGAAUUGACACGGUUGUGGAAGAAACGGUUCAUCGUAGACGACGCGCCGACACUCGCCAUCAACCGUUUUUUCACCAUGUCACAAGGGGCACAACAACAACACGUGACUGGCUCACGGAAUAGCAGAAGAUCACGGCAGUGCCCGAUCUGGACUUACCAUUCACGCAUCUACGUCCUUGACCGAGGCGGAGUACAAGUUCCGCGGCCGCUACGGCUGCUGCUAUUGGUGCAACAGCACCAAACACAAGACCUCCCUGUGCCAGGAUUAGGGCAAGGAGGAUGUGCGACCCCGCCUCAACUCGGGAAACUGAGUUCCACGGAAGGUGAGGCGACUCCACCUUCUACUCCGCCAGAUUCGGCCGCCUUGCUAGCGGCCUCCUGCACAUCUGGGGAGGAUGCGAAUAUCGUAAGUUCUCGGUACACUUACGAGGACUAUGCUGUCCACUUGGUUCCACCGCCGGACCAACCGCUCCACGUGAAACAAUCAACCGCAUGCACGGUUUCAUCACCAUCGGCAACCGAUUCGGCAGCUUCGCCGCCAUCUAUCGUUGGGGAUUCAUCGUCGUGGUCAAGACUUGAGGUGCUCGACCCACUGACGUUCAUGGACUUCCAGUGGAUGCCCAUUCCCCCGACCGGACGAUUGCCGAAACCGCAUUGCAACGUGCUCAUGGCACAACUGCGGGAUUACUUGCACACUGCACUACCAGCUCCGUUGAUGGACGCCGAAGUAGAGGUUGUCGACCUUCACGCUUACAUUGCGAAGAUCGACCGCGAGUUCAAGACGCAACGGUACGAUGACAUCGACGCACCAUUGCUAUAUGUACGCAUUCAGAUCGGAGAGGCGACCUGCAACGCCUUGAUCGAUUGCGGAGCAUCUCGCAACUACAUCAGCCAGGACUUCAUGGUACGCGCCGGCCUUGGCCCACGUGUCCGGAGGAAGUCCCAGCCUACGCAAGUCACGUUGACAGACGGUCAUACGCACAAGUCAAUCGACCGGUGCAUUGACAACGUCCCAGUGUACUUUGCUCCUCACGCAAGUGAGGCGGUGUCCUUUGACAUUCUGGACACCAAGUUCGACAUGAUCUUGGGCAUGUCAUGGCUGCGAAGCGAGGAUCACCCGGUGAACUUCUUCCACCGCACCGUUCACAUUCGUGAUCGGAACGGAGUACUAGUUCCAUGCACGGUACCUCUUCCUCAUCCUUCGAUCAGCUGCCACGUGGUAUCCACCACAAGAAUGCGAGCAUCCAUCAUCAGAGACGACAUCGAGGAGAUGGGGGUGUGUUUUCUCCACGCCCUCCCGCCCCACGACGCUUCAUUGACGGACUCAUCUUCGGAUCCACGCAUCACCGAGCUUCUCGACGCUUACAGCGACGUGUUCGAAGGCCCGCACGGAGUAGUACCGGAUUGGCCCAUCCGCCACGAGAUCAUCCUCGAGGACGGGGCCGUACCUCCGCGUGGUUGCAUCUACCGAAUGAGCGAGGAAGAGUUAUGUGUGCUUCGGGCACAACUCGACGACCUUCUGGAGAAAGGUUGGAUUCGGCCUAGCUCAUCGCCAUACGGUGCUCCUGUUCUCUUCGUCCGGAAGAAGAACAAGGAUUUGCGGUUGUGCAUCGGCUAUCACAAGGUCAACGCGCAGACGAUCAGGAACGCCGGCCCUCUCCCACGCAUCGACGAUGUUCUCGAGCGACUGGGCGGCGCCAAGUUCUUCUCCAAGCUGGACCUCAAGUCGGGAUAUCACCAACUCGAGAUUCGUAAGGAGGACCGUUACAAGACCACGUUUAAGACGCGAUAUGGGCAUUUCGAAUGGAUUGUUGCACCUAUGACGAGGUUACAAUCGCCAAAGGUGCCAUUCGUAUUCGAUGACGACGCACGCCGGUCAUUCCAAGCACUUAAGACGGCUAUGCUCAUGGCACCCGUCCUUAGCAUCUAUGACCCCACCCUGCCUACGAGAGUGACUACGGACGCUUCCGGCUACGGUAUUGGGGCAGUCUUGGAACAGCACGACGACGACGACUGGCACCCUGUGGAGUAUUUCAGCCACAAAGUGCCUCCCAUCAACUCGCUUGCUGAUGCAAGGAAGAAGGAGCUACUCGCGUUCGUCAUGGCUCUAAAGCGAUGGUGGCACUUCCUCCUUGGGCGUCGUAGGUUCACAUGGGUCACAGACAAGAAUCCAUUGACCUACUACAAGGCGCAGGAUACGGUGAGCAGCACGAUCGGACGAUGGAUGUACUUCAUCGACUAGUUUGACUUCACACCGAAACAUCUUCCCGGCCUCUCAAAUCGCGCAGCAGAUGCACUCUCGCGAAGACCUGAUC